UCUAACCUGCCUCUUACUCGUUUCACUAUAUAAACCCUAACCUCAUUGCACUAGCUUCUGCACUGAAACUAGUGAGCUCUGCGCUGAUAAUUAACAAUGAGGGUCAACAUUUCAGCUGGCUGUGUUGUGGUGGCUCUCCUGUGUGUGUUUCUUGUGAGCGAUUCGGUUGUGGGUGAUGAAGAUCCUAAGGUUAAGGACGAUAAACACUUGUUUUUUAAGCGCCCAGUCCCGCAUUUUGUUAAGGGAGGAGGCCUAGGUGGAGGCAUUGGUGGAGGAGGUGGCCUAGGGCAUGGGAUUUAUAGGAAGGGGUUUAAGCAUGGAAGAUUUCCUCGAGGUGGACUUGGCGGCGGUCUAGGAGGCGGAGGUGGGCUUGGCGGUGGCGCAGGAGGUGGGUUAGGGGGCGGUGGUGGCCUUGGAGGCGGGGGUGGUCUAGGGGGAGGUGCUGGAGGUGGGUUGGGAGGCGGUGGAGGUCUAGGUGGAGGUGCAGGAGGCGGUUUAGGCGGAGGUGCUGGUGGAGGUUUAGGUGGUGGAGGUGGACUUGGACAUGGUGGGGGUCUGGGUGGCGGAGGUGGACUUGGCCACGGUGGGGGUCUAGGUGGCGGAGGUGGACUUGGACAUGGUGGGGGUCUAGGUGGCGGAGGUGGACUUGGCCACGGUGGUGGUCUAGGUGGAGGAGGUGGACUUGGCCAUGGUGGCGGUGCUGGAGCCGGUGGUGGGUUUGGUGGUGGAGCUGGAGGUGGAGGUGGAGCGGGAGGUGGUGCAGGUGGAGGCUUUGGCGGUGGUGCAGGUGGCGGGGCUGGAGGAGGUGUUGGAGGUGGUGCUGGUGGAGGGGGUGGGUUUGGGGGUGGUGGAGGAGUUGGUGGUGGAGCCGGUGCUGGAGGAGGGUUUGGAGCUGGUGGUGGAGUAGGGGGCGGAGGAGGUGGAGGUGGCGGAUUUGGUGGAGGUGGCGGAGGUGGUUUUGGUGCUGGGGGUGGGGCUGGCUUCGGUGGUGGAGCUGGAUUCGGAGGUGGCGGCGGUCACUAGCUAAUUAACUCGCGAGUUUCUGCUCCGACUGCUGAUUAGCUACGUUAGCUAUGUUCCUUUCUUAUAAAUGUUCCUUAUUUUGGAGUUUUAUUCUUCUUUCCUCUUUAGUACUGCAAUUUCUAGUUCAAUCUAUGAAUGUCCUCUUCAAUCUUCAUGCAAACGAAGAGAAAAGUGUAUUCUUUGUGCAUGGGAAUCAUUUUGUUAUUUUACAUAUAAUUUCCCCAUUA